AUGAAGUUACUCUCUUCCAAUUUCGAUAUAGACCUCUAUAUCAACCGAAUAGUCCCUCGAUCAAGGAUUCAUCUCCUUCCUAAACCAAUAUCAUGGUUUUUAGGCUACCGGGAAGAGCCAACCAAACCGGUUGGAAGCAUUAUAAUAUGGUUCUGGUCAUUCAUAGGAGCAUUCGCGGGUAUUUUGAUCAUUGAAGCCGUCUUUCGUACGCCAGGACUACACUCUCAUGGAACACCAAUAGUAAUAGGCAGUUUGGGAGCAGCAGCAAUCCUCGAAUACCAAGUCAUCGACUCCCCUCUCUCUCAGCCUCGCAACGCCAUCCUCGGCCAACUAUUCUCCACCAUCAUCGGUGUUGGAAUCACCAAACUCUUCCAGCAUUCCCAAAACUUCGAGGACAUCCGAUGGAUUGCAGGUGCCCUAGCCGUCGGUCUCUCUUCCGUUGUCAUGGGCGUUACCAAGACUGUUCAUCCCCCAGCAGGCGCAACAGCUCUCUUAGCUGCGACUUCACCUGACAUCACCGAUCUAGGCUGGUUCCUCAUUCCCUUGGUCUUAAUCGGAAGCACCUUAAUGGUCGCCUCAGCCUGUGUAGUCAAUAACAUCCAACGCCAAUUCCCCGUGUACUGGUGGACGGCAGCGAGUUUGAGGAAACCGUCCGAGAGCGAUAUUGAGAAAGUUGGUCCCGAGUCGGGGGUUUCGGAUGUCUAUGAGGGUGAGAACAUCGGGAUGAAUCUAAUUCUGGUUGAUCGGGGUAGGGUGCUGGUGCCUGAGUGGUUGAGUCUAGGGUAUGAGGAGAAAGCGUUGCUUGAUUCGCUAAGAGAUAGGUUGGAAGCUGGAGAUAAGAGGACGCAGAGAAGUGAGAGUACGGCGAGUGGGAUGAGUGGACAGACUGCUAUUUAA